AUGACAGAUGCCGGUAUAGAAUACGAUACUAUCAACUGCGAGACAGCAGAAGGUGAGGAUAUAUCAUCUUCGUACGGAAUAAGGAACGUACCUACAGUUAUCGUCCUUGAUGACAAUGGCGAGAAGGAAGAGCUGUUCAUCGGCCUCGGACAGAUAAUAGCAAACCUUGAAGUAAUCAAGAAAUACUCUAAAGAGGCACGCUUCACAUAUAUGCCUGACUUGGAGAAUGACCUUGUUGACGAGAUAUACAGGGUAGCACAGCAAUGCAACGUGAAGUGGUUCGAUGGCUCUUUCUAUGUCUUUGACGGUAAGAUAUACGUUGCUGUCAGCAAUGAUGCCAUAGAAGGUGCCUUCAAGGUGUGGAUGUCACGAAUAGGACUAAAGAUAAGCCAGAAGAGGAAACAGCAGAUAUUCAGAAACGAGUUCCUUCCAAUGGUUAAACUAAGCAACAAGCUUUCUCCACGACUUGACAUAGUAGCGUUCAGCAAUGGCAUCCUUGACUUGUCAGACAUUACAUUUCAUGAUUUCUCACCGGAGUAUCACGUGAUGUACUAUCACCCUUACAAGUACGACAAGAAAGCGAAGUGUAACCUUUGGCAGAAAUUUCUCAAAGAGGUGUUGCCGGACAAGCGCAGCCGUAUCAUAUUGCAGAUGUUCCUUGGAUUGGGAUUGAUAGAGAGAGGCACCGUAUAUAACCAAUGCGAAGGAAAGGACCAUCCUAAGAUAGAGCUGUGCCUUAUACUCAUAGGUGAAGGAGCAAACGGCAAGAGCGUUAUAUAUCAAACUGCAAUGGGUAUCUUCGGAAGAGACAGGAUAAGCGGCAUUGACUAUGACGAACUGACAAGCCAGGGUGAUGAAGGAAUGAGGGCACGCAGGCUUCUUCGUGAAGCGAUAUUCAACUGGUCUUCCGAUUCUGACUCACGCACAUUCGGACGUAAGAGGACAGGCGUUUUCAAGCGCAUAGUAAGCGGUGAGCCGGUGACGGAUAGAAGCAUAGGUAACAACGUAACGCAGAACUUCAAUCUGCCAUACCUUAUCUUCAAUCUCAAUGAGUUGCCUUACCCGGAUGAUAACUCUCUCGGAUUCAUAAGGAGGCUACAGUUUAUUUCAUUCGAUGUGACGAUACCAAAGGCAAAUCAGAACAAGACACUGGCACAGGACUUGACAGCAGAGUAUAGCGGCAUAUUCAACUGGAUAUUGCGAGGAACAAAAGAGAUACGCAAGCGUAAGUUCCAGUUCCCUGAUUCAGAGGGAAGCAGAAGGCAGCUGCUCCUUGCUCAGUUGAGAGGAAACCCUAUCGUAGCAUGGAUUAACGCUUACCAUAUAAGAAGCAUUCCUCAAGCACCUAACGAGCAGUGUAUAUGGGUGUCAGCAAAGGAGGUGGUAAGAUGCGUGGAGGACUUCUGUAGGGAUAAUGACGUAGAGUGUCCGUCAAAGCAAAAGAUAGGACAUACCCUUACUGACCAUUACUUUGACAAGAAGCGCACUGCUGAUGGCUACGAAUACAAGAUGUAUGGUGUUAGUCUCGGACAACUCCUUGACCCAUUCGUGAUACGUAAUGAGUCUUUUGCCAUAGAAGGCGAAGACGAAGAUGGUUUCAUUGACGCAAACGAUUAA